UUUUAUUUACAGAAGUACAGGUUUAUAAAUGGCGAUAUCUCUUGUAUCUGAAAACUGCAGUGAUCAGGAAACUGUGAAACUAGAAAAUGGAAAGAAUGGAGAACGGAUGGGGGAGAAUAAAGUGGAGAAAAGAUGGACUCAGAAAUAUAAAGCAGUUUAUCUUGAAAGGAACCGAAUCGGCGUUUGCUGUAUUUUAGGAUUACUGGGACUGCUGACUAUGAUGAAUAUAGGAUUAACUCUGUGGUUGAUAACUUCUCUUAGGUUGAACGUGAAUGGAAGUGGGCCAAUCAGUUUUCUGGAGAAUGGAUUACAGAUUAGAGGUUCAACGUUUUCUCUUGGAAAUAUUGUAGCAAAAGAGAUAUCCGGAGGUGUUCAAGAUUUGAAGAUACUUUCUGACAGAAAUAUUGUAUUUGAAGCUGAAUCCACUUUGCUUAAUCUGAAGCAUAAUACAGAGGUAGAUUUCCAGAAUGCAGACUACAGAUUAUGCGUUGUUGUAAAUGAUAAUGAAAAACAAGGUGGAUGCCAACAAGUGACAAUAAAACUGAAAGAGAGUAAACUAGAUUGCUCCCUUGGGAGUAUAAACAGGGAAGAUAUUAAGUCUGCGGCCAUGUUUGGUAGCUAUGACUACCUGAGCUGUUCCAAUACUUGCUGCAGAAACAGAGUUCUAGGUCCUCUUUUCUCAUCCGUCCUUGGAACCAGUUGUCCUCAGCUUAAACCGUCCUGCUCUUCUAGAUCAGAUGUAGUUGUAAUAAACAGUGAGUUGGAACUUGAGUUGAACCCUGGAGCUAAAGUAGGCUGGUCAAAUUAUACCCCUGGAGCAGGAGCAGGAGUAGGCUGGUCAAAUUAUACUCAAGGGAGAAACCAGGACUGGAGUCAUCGGUUCCUCCUGGACUGUGUUAUUACAGACGGAGUAAACUCCAUUAGAUUUCAGAAGCAAGGAAAACUUGAACUAAAAGAAAAUAUUCAGAGUCUUCCUAAACCUCAGUCUGAAGAUCACUUGAGCUUCUAUCCAAAGGAUUACUCGGAACAGAAGUCUAAGAUUAUUUUAAGUUUGUUUGUUGAUGAUGUGAAUAUUGACCGGUUCAGAUUCAGUGUAGAAGGUUGUGCUGGUUUUCUAAACCUGGGAAAUGGAACACAGAGAACUUACUACGUAGAUUGCAGUUCAAAAGAAUAUAAUAAUCUCAACCUAUCAAUCUGCGAUGAGAGUCCUAAAGUUAGAAGAAUAAUUCUGCCUCUGUCCCUGUAUGUCAAGAAAGCAGAGCUUGAAGUAGAGCUUGAAGCCCAGGAGAAUGUUGUCUGUAAACUAAUUGUUAAAGAUGAAAACAUGAAUUAUCUCUUCUGUCCAGACCAGGAUGAGUAUAACCUGAUCUUCCAUAAGCUGAGUCCCCCUCUCUCUGAUUCUCCAGCCCCUGAACCUAGUGCUGAACCUUUGAGUCUAGUUAUUGAUCCAUCCUGGAGAAAAUAUGCUCGAGUUGGAAACCUUAGAUCAACCCAGUCCCUCAUAGUUCCCUGUAAACAUACAAGGGAAACCAAGAAGCUGGAUGUCCUUGCAAACAUACUCUACAUCAACUCGAACGGGGAUGAUGAGAAUGAAGAUGAGGAUGAGGAUGGGGAUAAAGAUGAAGAUUGGUUGAAUAUUUUGACCAACAAUACAUCAAUUUGUCUCAAGGAUAAAGAAAACGGCGCUAAACUCACUUUAAGCAUUUCAGUCCGAGAAAAUGUUUAUGACUGCAAUAGAACAGAAUGGUGUUCAGCUCAUGGUACACAGGAACUAUGUCAAGAUUCAUGUCAUAGUGUAACAGGUGAAGAGUGUAUAUGGCUUGAGAACGGGGGAGGAGGAGUAGGAGAACCCUAUUCUACGUGUGCAGGAAACCAGUAUUGUGCUGACGGAGUAUGUGAUGCCCUAGAACUCAUGGAUCCCGGGAUAUGUGCUCAGGACUGUGCUAUAUUUACAGAUGAUAUUGUAUUGCUUGGGACUGGUAUACAGAACAUGAAUGGUUAUGGUAUUAUUGGGUCAAGAUCUGCUAAUAAUACCUGCACUUGUUCUCAUCAUAACUGCCAGUGUGCUCAUAAUUCCUAUCCUCAUUCACCAGACCCUCAACCAUAUACACCCGAGGAGACUCUACCGACAAGUUCUUGUGGAAAAGUGUGCGAGUUUUUCAUCUACACAUCUUGCUUAUCAACAUUGUUCAUCCUGACUACAGCUGCAGUUGUAAACUUGUUCAG